UGGGGGAGGGGGUGUGGGUGAUGUCACUGCUGCCUGAGUGAGAGGAUUCUAUUUCUCCAUGGCAACUACAAACAACAGUCUUUAAUUGAAAACAUGUCAGAAUACUACUGAGGGCAGUCGCUCAGUUACCAAUGCAAAGCGAUAUUAAUUACAUAUACCAAAUACUUUUUCUGCAGUUACUUUGCAUCUUUUGGUUAAUUUGAUGUGGUAUAUGUUUUAAAAAGUAAGCUCCAACUCUGGUCAACUAGAAAAGAUGAAGAAAACAGCUUCGGAUGACCAUGAGAUUCUGACAAUGAGCCAGCUAAGCAGAAGCCAGGGUAGACAGCAGAAUCUAAGCAAGACUGGCUACAGGUACAGACCAGCCCAGCCUAUUGCACCAGUGGAAAACAUCAAAGAAAUCCAGCAAAAAUUAAAGGAAGAGAAGGAAGCAAAACGGGCACAGUUAGAUGGCAGACAUGAUUAUGUCCUCGGUAUUGUUGCAGCCUGCUUGAAUUUGGAAAAGUCAGAGGUAGAAGAUGCAAUUCUAGAGGGUAAUCAGAUUGAACGCAUUGAUAAUUUUUUCGCAGUUGGAGGACUUCGGCAUAUUUUGUUUUACUACCAAGAUGUGGAGGCAACUGAAGCAGGAAAUUUGGGAUCAUUUGGAGCAGUCACUUCUACUUUAGUUGCAAGAAACAAAAAGCCCAAGGUUUUUCUGACCGAAGGGAAAGAUGUUGCCUUGAUGGGUGUUUGUAUAUUCUUCAUUCGUUCUAGUUCCACAAAACCUGUUACCACAGAGAAUGUACAUAGGGAAGUGAAUUUCAACAUGCUUGAUACUUCAGGCAACAGUUUGCUAGGAAGUGUUGAAUCUUUGUUGUCAGAUAUCUAUAUUCCUGCUCUAAAGAUCAUGGAUAAUGGCUGGGGGACUCUGGUUAAUCCCCAGGAAGCUAGUAAUGUCAAACAAGACUUUCUGGGAUCUUUGGAAGGUUUUGUUGGUGUUCUCUCUGGUGCACAACAAAGUUUAAUGGACAAGGUUAACUUGGAAAAAUGUGAAACAUAUGAUCUGAGAACAUUAAAGGGACCUAGUGAUUACUUGACUGUAGCUAACAGUUCAGAAGGCCUUGAAAGAAUCGAGAAGUGCAUGAAAGUAUGGAUCAUGCAAAUUGAACAGGUUCUGGCAGAGAGCAAUCAGCUGAGGAAGGAAUCAGAUGACCUAGGUCCUAGAGCUGAGCUUGACCACUGGAAAAAGAGACUGUCUAAAUUUCAUUACUUACUGGAUCAGUUAAAGACACCUGAAGUGAAAGCUGUUCUUGGAGUCUUGACGGCAGCAAAAUCCAAGCUUCUUAAGACUUGGCGGCUAUUGGACACACGGAUUACAGACUCAGCAAAUGAAGCAAAAGAUAAUGUGAAAUAUCUAUAUACAUUGGAGAAGUUUUGUGAUCCGCUUUACAACAGUGACCCUGUUUCUAUGAUUGACUCUAUCCCAAGACUUAUGAAUGCUAUUGGAAUGAUUCAUAACAUCUCUCGAUAUUAUAACACCUCUGAGAAAAUCACAUCCUUGUUUGUAAAGGUAACCAACCAGAUGAUAACUGCUUGCAAGUUUUACAUCACAAACAACAAAACUGCAACAAUUUGGGAUCAGCCUCAAGAUAUAGUUGUGGAAAAAAUGAAAUCAGCAAUAAAACUCAAUGAGUUUUAUCAGCAUGCUUUUCACAAGACCAAAGAAGCAAGAGAACAAAUGCCAACUGAAAGACAAUUUGACUUCAGUGAAGUGUACAUUUUUGGAAAAUUUGACACCUUUCAGAGAAGACUGGAGAAAAUAAUUCAUAUUUUUGAAACUAUAACAACAUAUUCAUCUCUACAAAGCUCUAAAAUUGAAGGGUUGGAAAUAGUGACAACAAAAUUCCAGUCAAUUGUUACAACAAUUAAGAAAAAACAAUAUGACUUCUUGGAUCAGAGAAGAACUGAAUUUGAGGAUGAUUAUGAAGAAUUUGUAAAGCAAACAAAUGAACUUCAUACUCACUUAAAGACAUUUAUGGAUUCGACAUUUGAAAGGAUUUACAACACAGAAAGAGCUCUAAUAAUGCUGAAAAAGUUUGAAAGGUUAGCAAUACCAGAUUUGGGAAUUGAAGAAAAGUAUCAGAAAAUCCUUCAGAACUAUGGCCAUGACAUUGAGAUGGUUUCUAAAGUAUACACCAAACAGAAAAAUGAACCUCCUCUAGGGCGUGACCUACCACCUGUUGCUGGCAAGAUUGUUUGGGCUCGUCAACUGUUCCAAAGGAUCCAAAGGCCAAUGGAUCUCUUUCAACAACAUGCUACAGCUUUACAGACUGAAGAAGCAAGGCGGAUCAUUCGUAACUACAAUAAGGUGGCAAAAGUAUUGUUGGAAUAUGAGAUCCUCUUCCAUAGAAGUUGGCUAAAACAGAUGGAGGUGGCCAAAUCAGCUCUUCAUGCUUCCUUGCUUGUCAAGUCUCCGGAAACAUUAGAAUUGUUUGUAAAUUUUGACCCUAUGAUUUUAAUAUUGAUUCGGGAAACUGAAUGUAUGGCUAAACUGGGACUGGAAAUACCGCCUUUUGCUGCAACUCUGCAACAGAAGCAGGAUGUGUACAAAAAGAACUUCGAUAACUUACAGUUUAUGCUAAUGGAAGACAAGAGGAUAAAAUCCAAAGUACAUGCUCCACUUGAACAACUGAUAGCACCACAUAUAGCUAAAGUAGAUGAAGCAAUUCAGCCUGGUCUAAUGUUGCUGAACUGGACAUCACUUAAUAUAGAAAAGUACCUGAACAACAUUGCUGAAAAACAUGCUCAUCUUGAACUACUUCUUGAUAGAGUAAAUGAUUUAGUUGUAUUUCGAAUUGAUGCAGUGCUCCAGGAUAUGAGCACCACUCCUCUUUGCAAACUUCCAGAGGAUGAGCCCCUUUCAUGUGAACAAUUUUUUCAAAUGACAAAGGAUCUAUGUGCAAAAGGAGCAGUGACAUUACAAGCUAAAAGCUGUAUGGUUGAAGAAGCAUCAAAUGAACUAAUAAAUAUGCUACUUGAUUUGGAUAUUCCUUCUGCUGAUGACGAUGCUAAAUCAUUUGUUGGACACCGGAUUAUGGAGGAUACUGCUGAUAUCAGUGAUAAUAAAGACCUCAGUCUACGAAGAUCACAAACAGUGUCCUCUAUGCAUGCUGUUAGUCAGACUACUAUUGGUCCACCAUCUCCACCAACUAAAAAGAAGAAGAAAGAUAUGAUGGAAAUUCUGGAAGAAGAAGCUCACGAACUUCUAUCUCAUUUUAAUCAUCGUAAUCUUGAUGCUUUGUUAAAAGUCACCCGAAACACGUUAGAGGCCAUUCGAAAAAGAAUACAAAUGUCCUCAAUGAUCAGCUUUUUAGAUGGUAAUGCUACCUCAAAACAUAAAAUUAAUGGACAACCCAUCUUCAAAACCAACAUUACCUUGGCGAUUCCAAACAUAAUCAUGGUUCCUGCACUUGAUGAAGUUCAACAAACCCUUAAUAAAGCUGUGGAAAAUAUUGUUAAUGCUUCCAAAGGAGUGGCACAGUGGAAUAAAGAGAGAAUGUCAAAGAGGAAAAUACUUGAAAGAAAAAUUACAGCUAUGCGGGGAAAUGGCAAUGAUAGUGAUUCAGAAGAUUGCAUUAUAGAGGCAGGAGGAAGAAGCACUCAUGAAAAUGUUUCUGAAGUGGCAUCUACCAGCACAGUUGCUCUUGUUCAUAACAAAAACUAUUUUAAAAAUGUAUCUGAAAAUAAAGAGAUUGUUAAACUUUGUUCAGUCUUAAGUACAUCUAUCAAUUCAACAAAAAAGGAAGUCAUGACUGCUUUGGAGAGGUUUAGAAGUUACCACCACAUAUGGCAGAAAGACAGGGACAGUGUUAUUGAGAAAUUUGUUUCUGGCAGUCCGUUAUUAUCAGAAUUUGAGUCUCAGAUCCUCCACUUCCGUGAUCUUGAAUUGGCCAUCAAUACUGAACCAGAAUAUAUCUGUGUUGGGGUUAUUGCUUUGUUUACUGCUGAUCUAAAAUUGGCACUGACGUCAGAGACAAAGGCUUGGAUGGUUGACCUAGGCCGUCACUGCAACAAGAAAUAUAGAUCCGAAAUGGAAAACAUAUUUGUAUUUAUUGAGGAAAUUAACAAAAAGCUAAACAGACAAAUCAAGGAUUUGGAUGACAUAAGAAUAGCUAUGGCUGCACUGAAGGAAAUCAGAGAACACCAGAUCACAAUAGAUUUUCAAGUUGUACCAAUUGAGGAGUCCUAUGCAAUGCUGAACAAAUAUGAGCUUCUUGUUGCAAAAGAGGAAACCGAAAAAGUAGACACACUGCGCUACACCUGGGAAAAACUACUUGUUCGGGGAAAUGAGGUGCAGAAUGAAUUGAUGGCUAUACAGCCAAACUUCAGAGGGGAACUGAUAAGCACUGUACAAAUAUUUAUUGAAGACUGUUCUGAGUUUUACUCAGACUAUGAAAUGAAUGGACCAAUGAUUGUUGGCCUUGCUCCACAAGAAGCUAGUGACCGACUGAUAAUGUUUCAGAACCAAUUUGAUAAUUUGUAUCGAAAAUACAUAACGUACACUGGGGGAGAGGAGCUUUUUGGUCUUCAAGUUACUCAGUAUUCUCAACUUUUGGAGAUAAAAAAGCAACUGAACUUGCUGCAGAAACUGUAUGGCUUGUACAACAAUGUCAUUGAUACAGUGAAUGGUUAUUAUGAUAUUCUGUGGUCUGAUGUAAAUAUUGAAAAGAUCAACAGUGAAUUGCUAGAGUUUCAAAACAGGUGCCGCAAGCUUCCAAGAGCUUUAAAGGAAUGGCAAGCUUUUCUAGAUUUGAAGAAGACAAUAGAUGAUUUCAGUGAGUGCUGCCCUCUUCUUGAACUCAUGUCAAACAAAGCAAUGAUGGCCCGACACUGGAAGCGUAUUACUGAUGUGACAGGGCAUAGCUUUGAUGUGGAAAACGAAACCUUUAAGUUAAGAAACAUUAUGGAAGCCCCCUUACUUAAAUGCAAAGAAGAGAUUGAGGAUAUAUGUAUUAGUGCAGUAAAAGAAAGGGACAUUGAACAGAAGUUAAAACAAGUUAUUGCUGAAUGGGACAACAAGACAUUUACAUUUGCAAACUUCAAAACUCGUGGAGAACUACUUCUGAGAGGAGACAGCACAUCUGAAAUCAUUGCCAAUAUGGAGGACAGUCUUAUGGUCCUAGGCUCACUAAUGAGUAACAGGUACAACACUCCAUUCAAAGCACAGAUCCAGAAAUGGGUCCAUUACCUCUCAAAUACAACAGACAUAAUAGAAAAUUGGAUGACUGUGCAGAACUUGUGGAUUUAUUUAGAAGCUGUUUUUGUGGGAGGAGAUAUCGCAAAGCAGCUUCCAAAGGAAGCAAAGCGUUUCUCUAACAUUGACAAAUCUUGGGUUAAAAUUAUGACUCGAGCACACGAGAUGCCUAAUGUUGUGCAGUGCUGUGUUGGAGAUGAGACUAUGGGACAACUUCUUCCACACUUACUUGAACAGCUUGAAAUCUGUCAAAAGUCUCUCACAGGAUACUUGGAGAAAAAACGGUUACUCUUUCCACGUUUUUUCUUUGUAUCGGAUCCUGCUCUUUUGGAGAUAUUAGGUCAGGCAUCUGAUUCCCAUACCAUCCAGUCCCAUCUACUUAAUGUUUUUGAUAACAUUAAGUGUGUCAAAUUUCAUGAAAAGGUAUAUGACAGAAUUUUGUCAAUAUCCUCUCGAGAAGGAGAAACUGUUGAACUAGAAAAACAUGUCAUGGCUGAGGGUAAUGUGGAAGUUUGGCUCAAUGCCCUCCUAAAGGAAUCCCAGUCCUCCCUCCAUCUUGUGAUUCGACAGGCAGCAAUUGGUAUUCAAGACAGUGGAUUUCAGCUCAUAGAAUUUCUUUCCUCUUUUCCUGCUCAGGUUGGAUUGCUUGGAAUUCAAAUGAUAUGGACAAGGGAUGCUGAAGAUGCCCUGACUAAUGCUAAAUAUGAUAAAAAGAUAAUGCAGAAGAUAAACCAAUCUUUCCUAGAUCUUCUGAACACACUAAUCGAUAUGACAACAAAAGAUCUCAGUUCCAUAGAGCGUGUUAAAUAUGAAACCUUGAUCACGAUUCACGUGCACCAGCGAGACAUUUUUGAUGAUCUGUGUCGAAUGCAUAUUAAAACACCAACAGAUUUUGAGUGGCUAAAACAGUGCAGAUUUUACUUUAAUGAAGAUUCAGACAAAAUGUUAAUCAACAUAACUGAUGUGACUUUUAUCUACCAAAAUGAGUUUUUGGGCUGCACGGAUAGACUUGUCAUCACUCCACUGACAGACAGGUGUUACAUCACUCUUGCUCAAGCACUGGGUAUGAGUAUGGGAGGGGCACCUGCUGGUCCUGCAGGGACAGGGAAAACAGAAACUACAAAAGACAUGGGCAGAUGUCUUGGGAAAUAUGUUGUUGUGUUUAAUUGUUCUGACCAGAUGGAUUUCCGAGGACUUGGGAGAAUUUUCAAAGGUCUUGCUCAGUCUGGCUCCUGGGGAUGCUUUGAUGAAUUCAACCGAAUAGACCUUCCAGUACUUUCAGUUGCUGCACAACAGAUAGCAAUAGUGCUUACAUGUAAGAAAGAAAGGAAGAAAAAUUUUAUCUUCACUGAUGGAGACAAUGUGGAAAUGAACCCUGAAUUUGGACUUUUUUUAACCAUGAACCCUGGUUAUGCUGGGAGACAGGAGUUGCCAGAGAAUUUAAAAAUCAACUUCAGGUCUGUGGCCAUGAUGGUACCUGACCGCCAGAUCAUCAUUCGUGUGAAGUUGGCUAGCUGCGGGUUUAUUGACAACAUUGUUCUGGCCAGAAAGUUCUUUACUUUAUAUAAACUUUGUGAAGAACAGCUUUCAAAGCAGGUCCAUUAUGAUUUUGGCUUGAGAAAUAUUUUGUCAGUAUUAAGAACAUUAGGUGCCGCUAAAAGAGCAAAUCCAACUGAUACAGAAUCAACCAUUGUUAUGAGAGUUCUCAGAGACAUGAAUCUUUCAAAACUGAUUGAUGAAGAUGAACCUUUAUUCUUAAGUCUGAUUGAAGAUCUUUUUCCGAGCAUACAGCUAGACAAAGCUGGUUAUCCUGAGCUUGAGGCAGCUAUCAUUAAACAGGUUGACGGAGCAGGUCUAAUCUGUCAUCCACCUUGGAAACUUAAAGUUAUUCAGCUUUUUGAAACACAGAGAGUAAGACAUGGAAUGAUGACUUUAGGACCCAGUGGGGCAGGAAAAACAACAUGCAUUCACACCUUGAUGAAGGCUAUGACAGAUUGUGGAGAGCCCCACAAGGAGAUGAGAAUGAAUCCAAAAGCAAUCACAGCCCCUCAAAUGUUUGGUCGUCUUGAUGUAGCCACAAACGAUUGGACUGAUGGUAUAUUCUCCACUCUUUGGAGAAAGACACUUCGGGCAAAAAGAGGGGAACAUAUAUGGAUUGUGCUUGAUGGACCUGUGGAUGCUAUAUGGAUCGAAAACUUAAACUCUGUUUUAGAUGACAACAAGACUCUUACUCUUGCAAAUGGAGAUCGCAUUCCAAUGGCUCCAAACUGUAAAAUAAUCUUUGAACCUCACAACAUUGAUAAUGCUUCUCCAGCAACAGUUUCAAGAAAUGGUAUGGUGUUCAUGAGUUCUUCAGUUUUAACCUGGAGUCCCAUCCUUGAGGGAUGGUUGAAAAAACGGUCCAAACAAGACGCAGACAUUCUCAGAAAACUGUACAGUGCCUCAUUCUCUGAAUUAUACCGGUUUAGUGUACAGUCAUUAGAAAACAAGAUGGAGAUGGUGGAGGCAUUUAUCAUCAUGCAAAGCAUCAACAUGUUGCAAGGGCUUAUUCCACCUAAGGAUCAAGGAGGCGACAUAACUGCAGAACACUUAGAGAGGCUCUAUGUAUUUUCUUUAAUGUGGAGUAUUGGUGCUCUACUGGAGCUUGAUGACAGAUUGAAGAUGGAACAGUGGCUUCGCUCUCAUGAUAGUGUGCUUCUGGAUCUUCCAAAAAUCUCACCAGGAAGUGAUGACACAAUGUUUGACUAUUAUGUAACCACAGAAGGAAAAUGGAUGCACUGGAACACUUCUGUAGAAGAGUAUGUUUAUCCUUCUGACAGCACUCCAGAAUAUGGAUCCAUCUUAGUCCCCAAUGUUGACAAUGUCAGAACAGACUUCUUAAUCCAGACAAUAGCUAAACAAGGAAAGGCAGUUCUAUUAACUGGAGAGCAAGGCACAGCAAAGACAGUCAUUAUUAAGGGAUUCAUGUCAAAAUAUAAUCCUGAGAGCUAUAUGGCAAAAAGUUUGAACUUUUCUUCUGCAACUACCCCUUUGAUGUUUCAGAGAACAAUUGAGAGCUAUGUGGAUAAACGCAUGGGAACAACUUAUGGACCUCCAGCAGGAAAAAAAAUGUGUGUCUUUAUUGAUGAUAUCAAUAUGCCAGUUAUUAAUGAAUGGGGAGAUCAGGUGACUAAUGAAAGUGUGCGCCAGUUGAUGGAGCAGAAUGGGUUCUAUAACUUGGAAAAGCCUGGAGAAUUCACCAACAUCAUAGACAUACAGUUUCUUGCAGCUAUGAUCCACCCAGGUGGAGGGAGAAACGACAUUCCACAAAGGCUGAAAAGACAGUUUUCAGUAUUUAACUGUACUUUGCCUUCUAAUACAUCAAUAGACAAGAUCUUUGGUGUCAUUGGAAUAGGGCACUUUUGUUCUCAAAGAGGAUUUUCGGUUGACAUUAAAGAAGCUGUUAAAAAACUAGUGCCCAUGACUCGUAAACUAUGGCAAAUGACCAAAAGCAAAAUGUUGCCUACUCCAGCUAAGUUUCAUUAUAUAUUUAACCUUAGAGAUCUAUCUAGAAUUUGGCAAGGAAUGCUGAACUCGACUUCAGAAGUAAUAAAGGACUCUACAGUCUUGAUAAAGCUAUGGAAACACGAAUGCAAACGUGUUAUUGCUGAUCGUUUUACAACUGCUGAGGAUGUUGAAUGGUUUCAUAAAACACAACUUAAACUAGUGGAAGACGAGUUUUGUCAAGCCCAAAAACCAGCAGACUUCGCAGUAGAUGCUUACUUUGUUGACUUUUUGAGGGAUGCUCCUGAAGCAACAGGCCGGGAGGGGGAAAGGACUAUUAAAGGGGAGGAACCUGAAGAUGCAGACUUUGAAAUGCCAAAAAUUUAUGAGCCAAUUGAAUCUUUUAAUCAGUUGAAAGAUCGAUUGAAUAUGUUUCUGCAAAUAUUUAAUGAGAGUAUCCGUGGAGCUGGAAUGGAUAUGGUUUUUUUCAAAGAUGCCAUGGUUCACUUGGUAAAGAUUUCGCGUAUUAUUCGAACACCACGAGGAAAUGCACUACUUGUCGGAGUUGGUGGGUCAGGGAAACAAAGCUUGACCAAACUUGCCUCUUACAUUGCUGGAUAUAAAACAUUUCAGAUCACAUUAAGCAGGUCUUACAAUACUUCAAACUUAAUGGAAGAUUUGAAGAUUUUAUACCGUACUGCUGGUCAACAAGGCAAAGGCAUAAGUUUUAUUUUCACGGACAAUGAGAUCAAAGAUGAGUCAUUCUUGGAAUACAUGAACAAUGUAUUAUCUUCUGGAGAGGUUUCAAAUUUGUUUGCUCGAGAUGAAAUUGAUGAAAUCAUAAGUGACCUAAUCCCAAUUAUGAAAAAGGAGUACCCACGGCGACCACCAACCAAUGAGAACCUGUACGAGUACUUCAUGUCUAGAGUACGGCAAAAUCUUCAUGUUGUGCUCUGUUUUUCUCCAGUUGGAGAAAAAUUUAGGAACCGGGCUCUGAAGUUUCCAGCUCUGAUUUCGGGCUGUACCAUGGAUUGGUUUAGUCAUUGGCCAAAGGAUGCUUUAGUUGCAGUGUCUGAACACUUCCUUUCUUCAUAUGAAAUUGACUGCACUCCUGAAAUCAAGAAAGAGGUAGUCGAAUGCAUGGGAUCAUUCCAGGAUGGUGUUGCUGAAAAGUGUGUGGAAUAUUUUCAGAGAUACCGGCGCUCAACACAUGUAACCCCAAAAUCAUACUUGUCAUUUAUUCAAGGAUACAAAGCAAUUUAUAAAGAAAAACAUGCAGAAGUCCAGACACUGGCAAACAGAAUGAAUACAGGUUUACAGAAGCUGAAAGAGGCAUCUGAGUCAGUUGCAGCUUUGAGUAAGGAACUGGAAGUGAAAGAAAAGGAACUUCAAAUCGCCAAUCAAAAAGCUGAUAUGGUUUUGAAGGAAGUCACUGUAAAAGCACAAGCUGCUGAAAAAGUUAAAGCUGAAGUGCAGAAAGUAAAAGACAAAGCUCAGGCAAUUGUAGACAACAUUUCUGCUGACAAAGCAAUUGCAGAAGAAAAGCUAGAGGCUGCCAAGCCAGCUCUUGAGGAAGCAGAAGCAGCUCUACAGACAAUAAAGCCCACAGAUAUUGCUACUGUGCGAACUCUGGGGAGACCCCCUCAUCUUAUAAUGCGCAUCAUGGACUGUGUACUUCUGCUGUUUCAGAGGAAAGUAAACACGGUGAAACUUGACCAAGAAAAAGCAUGCACAAUCCCAUCAUGGCAAGAAUCUUUAAAACUCAUGAUAGGAAACUUCUUACAAAAUCUUCAGCAAUUUCCAAAAGACACUAUCAACGAAGAAGUGGUAGAGCUUCUGCAACCAUACUUUGAAAUGCAAGACUACAACAUUGAGACUGCAAAACGUGUGUGUGGAAAUGUAGCUGGUCUCUGUUCUUGGACAAAAGCCAUGGCAUCCUUCUAUUCAAUAAACAAAGAAGUCUUACCACUUAAGGCUAAUUUAGCAAUUCAGGAGAGCAAACUUGCUACUGCCAAUUUAGAUUUGCAGAAAGCGCAAGCAGAAUUAGAUGCUAAACAAGCUGAGCUGGAUGUUGUCCAAGCAGAGUAUGAAAAGGCAAUGAUGGAAAAACAGACUCUGUUAGAAGAUGCAGAUCGUUGCAGACACAAGAUGCAGACAGCGUCUAGUCUAAUUAGUGGCUUAGCAGGUGAAAAAGAAAGAUGGACUGAACAAAGUAAAGAAUUUGCUGCACAGACAAAACGACUUGUUGGGGAUGUGCUUCUUGCAACAGCAUUUUUGUCUUAUUCUGGACCGUUUAAUCAAGAGUUUCGGAACUUUGUGUUAACUGACUGGCGAAGAGAGAUGAAAGCAAGAAAAAUCCCAUUUGGAAUUAAUUUGAAUCUGAAUGAAAUGUUAAUUGACACACCGACCAUCAGUGAAUGGAAUCUACAGGGACUUCCAAAUGAUGAUCUCUCUAUACAAAAUGGGAUCAUUGUAACAAAAGCAACUCGCUACCCCCUACUGAUUGAUCCACAGUCGCAGGGCAAAAUUUGGAUUAAGAACAAAGAAAUAAGAAAUGAACUCCAGAUAACAUCACUCAAUCACAAAUACUUUAGAAACCAUCUAGAGGACAGUCUCUCUCUUGGAAGACCACUACUAAUUGAAGAUGUUGGUGAAGAACUGGACCCUGCUCUGGAUAAUGUUUUAGAAAAGAAUUUCAUCAAAACAGGAUCCACAUACAAAGUAAAAGUUGGCGAUAAGGAAGUAGAUGUAAUGAAUGGCUUUAGGCUCUACAUUACAACUAAACUACCCAACCCUGCAUAUACUCCUGAAAUAAGUGCCCGGACCUCUAUGAUUGACUUUACUGUCACCAUGAAAGGCCUGGAGGACCAACUGUUGGGAAGAGUUAUAUUAACUGAAAAACAGGAACUUGAGAAGGAAAGAACAGAUCUUAUAGAAGAUGUGACCGCCAACAAGAGGAAAAUGAAAGAGCUGGAGGACAAUCUGCUUUUUAGACUAACAAGCACACAGGGUUCUCUGGUUGAAGAUGAGAGUCUCAUUACAGUGCUUAGCAAUACAAAAAAGACAGCUGAAGAAGUUACCCAAAAAUUGCAGAUAUCUGCUGAGACUGAAAUACAGAUUAACUCUGCUCGAGAAGAGUAUAGACCAGUGGCAACUAGAGGAAGCAUUCUGUAUUUUCUGAUAACAGAAAUGAGUAUGGUAAAUGUUAUGUACCAGACUUCUCUUCGGCAGUUUUUGGGACUUUUUGACCUCUCAUUAUCCAGGUCUGUGAAAAGCCCUAUUACCAGCAAAAGAAUAGCAAACAUAAUUGAGCACAUGACAUAUGAGGUUUAUAAAUAUGCAGCAAGGGGACUAUAUGAGGAACAUAAAUUUUUGUUCACAUUGCUGCUCACUUUGAAGAUUGACAUGCAGAGCAACAGAGUGAGACAUGAAGAGUUUCUUACUCUCAUUAAAGGUGGAGCUUCCUUAGAUCUUAAAGCUUGCCCAGCUAAACCUUCAAAAUGGAUCCUGGACAUGACCUGGCUUAACAUUGUAGAGUUAAGUAAACUGAGGCAAUUUUCUGACAUACUUGAACAGAUUUCUAGAAAUGAAAAACAAUGGAAAUUGUGGUUUGAUAAAGAAUGUCCAGAGGAGGAGGUUGUUCCUAGCGGGUAUGAUCAAGCACUUGAUUGUUUCAGACGCCUACUGCUGAUUCGAUCUUGGUGUCCAGACAGAACCAUUGCUCAGGCCAGAAAGUAUAUCAUGGAUUCAAUGGGUAACAAAUAUGCAGAAGGAGUUGUCUUGGAUUUGGAAAAAACCUGGGAAGAAUCUAAUCCAAGAACCCCACUUAUCUGCUUUCUUUCAAUGGGAUCUGACCCAACAGAUUCUAUAAUUGCCCUUGGGAAAAGGCAGAAAAUUGAGACACGUUAUGUUUCCAUGGGACAGGGUCAAGAGAUCCAUGCUCGGAAACUUUUGCAACAAACAAUGGCCAAUGGAGGUUGGGCUCUCCUGCAGAACUGCCACCUAGGCCUAGACUUUCUAGAUGAGUUGAUGGACACUAUCAUAGAGACUGAUAAUGUACACGAAUCCUUCCGCUUAUGGAUGACCACUGAAGUUCACAGGCAAUUCCCCAUCACACUUCUGCAAAUGUCCAUCAAGUUUACAAAUGAACCUCCUCAAGGUCUUAAAGCUGGUCUCAAAAGAACAUAUGGUGGGGUAAGCCAAGAUCUACUUGAUGUAAGUAACUUGGCACAGUGGAAGCCUAUGCUGUAUGCAGUUGGAUUCUUGCACUCAACAGUUCAGGAGAGACGCAAGUUUGGUCCAUUGGGGUGGAAUAUCCCAUAUGAGUUUAAUCAGGCUGAUUUUAAUGCUACUGUACAGUUUAUACAGAAUCACCUUGAUGACAUGGAUAUUAAAAAGGGUGUGUCCUGGACAACAGUACGUUAUAUGAUUGGUGAAAUCCAGUAUGGUGGAAGAGUAACUGAUGACUAUGACAAACGGCUGCUAAACACAUUUGCCAAAGUUUGGUUCAGUGAAACUAUGUUUACCCAAGAAUUCUGUUUUUACAAAGGCUACAAUAUUCCUAAAUGUAGUACAGCUGACCAGUAUCUUCAAUAUAUACAGGGCUUACCUACAUAUGACACUCCAGAGGUAUUUGGCUUACAUCCCAAUGCUGAUAUAACAUAUCAAAGUAAACUGGCAAAAGAUGUUUUGGAUACAAUCCUUAAUAUUCAACCCAAGGAUAGCUCAGGUGGAGGAGGUGAGACACGGGAGGCAGUUGUUGCACGAUUGGCAGAGGAUAUGUUGGACAAAUUGCCUGCAGAUUACAUUCCCUUUGAAGUCAAAGAACAACUUAAAAAAAUGGGAUCAUUCCAGCCUAUGAAUAUAUUUUUAAGGCAAGAAAUUGACAGAAUGCAGAAUGUAAUAGGUUUGGUUAGAACAACCUUAACAGACCUAAAACUUGCCAUUGAUGGUACCAUUAUAAUGAGUGAAAACCUCAGAGAUGCUUUGGAUUGUAUGUAUGAUGCCAGAGUUCCUGAGCGUUGGAAUAAGGCAUCCUGGGCUUCUAGUACACUAGGGUUUUGGUUUAGUGAACUGCUGGAGAGGAACCGGCAGUUUUCGUCUUGGAUUUUUGAAAGUAGACCAAACUGUUUCUGGAUGACAGGAUUUUUUAAUCCCCAAGGAUUUUUGACUGCAAUGAGACAGGAAAUAACCCGUGCUAACAAAGGGUGGGCAUUAGACAGUGUAAUGCUAUGCAAUGAAGUCACCAAAUGGAUGAAGGAUGAUAUUACAGCACCACCAUCCGAGGGUGUCUAUGUUUAUGGAUUGUACCUUGAUGGAGCUGGCUGGGACAGGCGAAAUCUAAAGUUGAUGGAAUCAAAGCCAAAAGUAUUAUUUGAAAUGAUGCCUGUCAUCAGAAUAUAUGCAGAUACUACAAUUGCAAAAGACAAUGGAUUCUACUCCUGUCCCAUCUAUAAGAAACCAGUGCGAAAUGACUUGAAUUAUAUUGCUACAGUUGAUUUGAAAACUGUUCAAUCUCCAGACCAUUGGAUUCUGCGCGGUGUGGCUUUAUUGUGUGAUGUCAAAUAAUUUACCAAUCUUUUUUUUCCCAACUCAAUACUUGUUAAUAUUUCUUGACAAGUAAUUUUUUGCUGUACACUCAGCAUUGCAAAGCUUGUGACAUUUUUAAGAUAACACUGUUAUGAUCCCUAUUCUAUUGUUUUAAUUUAUUAUAUACUUGCAAAAUAAAUAUUUAAAUACAA